UGCGAACGAAAAGGGAGGGCGUUUGCUUGGCUCUAACUUUUCUUGCGAGGAGGGAGCGAGGGGGUAAGGCGACCCCCCUCGCCUCGGUACGCAGAUCCGCGCCACAACAACGUCCUGAAGAAAGUGAUUUGCUGGCGCCGGUGCCCCUUCCCCUUUGCAAGCUGGGGGGGAUUCCACAUGAGCGGCAAAGGGGGAAGAGCCGGAGUCCCCGUUCGCCAAAAGCGCAGCUCCUGGCUUCCAGGGCCUGGAGAGAGGCGCAUUCGCCCGCUCGCGUUGUGCAGAGGGGGAACUGAUGGGGCUUUCGCCCCAUUGUCUGGGUGACCCGGCGCUGUGGCGUCCUUGGUGCCCUGUUUGGAGGCGAGGUGUGCGCGCGCCUUUCCCUCCUUCCUCUCUCCGGCUGCAUUUGGAUCUCUGGAGAAAACGCUGCCUCGAAAAGCGUGGGGCGAGCCUGGGAGCGUUUUGCGUCUCUUCUGGAUGGAUCUUGCCUUCUCCAGCCUCUCCUGAACGCAACAGCCGGCGAAGCAGCUACCCUUGAAGGCUGCGCUCUAGAAGACUCCGGAGAGGGGGAGCUCUUUGGGGUGCCUUUUGGUGAAUCUCUGGGACCCCCCUCAAAAAAAGAGAGCCCCUUCUCCAUUGAUUUUCGCGGAUGUGUGAGAAGGGAGGCGACAAGCCUCGAUUGUCCCCGCAGCCCAGAAGGAAGCAUCCCGGGGUGACGAAUAUCUCCCUCCCAGCGCGAGGGGGAAACUGGUCCAAAAUUGUUCUUUGUGAAGCAGCGACAGCAGCAAAAAUCCUGGCUGGCUCUGGGAAGGAGCUUCCUUGCUCUGAAGAAGAGGGAUGUGCCAGAACAGUGACUUAGUUGGCCCUCUCUGGAGCCUCGUUAACCCCGGGAAGAGCGAAGGGCCCGCGAUGGCAGCUCUGGAGAUCCGUGCGCUCGCCCUGUGCAUCUUCGCCCUGCAAUUGCCUUCUGUUCUCUCUGGGAGCAAGUUGCUACCCAACAUGCCGAAUGUUUGCGCCGAGCGAGAACUCACGAUGGUCGGCCGCCGACAGCCCCACGUCCGGUCCUUUUCCCGGUUGGUUAAAGUGUGGAACCCAAGCUGUCGAGGGCAUCCGUGGUGCGUGGGCUACGAACGCAGGGCGGCGUAUUACAUGGACAACAGGCAGGUUUAUAGCCUGCAAUACCAGACGGUGUACCGAUGCUGUCCGGGGUGGUCUCAGUUUGGUGAGGAUGCCGGCUGCCUUUAUCCUGUCUGCAAUUAUGGCGUGUGCUUCAAUGGAGGCCAGUGCGUGGAAGGCUCAUCUCAGUUUUGCCGCUGCCCUGAGGGCUUCCAAGGACCUUGCUGCCAGUAUGAUGUGAAUGAAUGUGAAGCUGGGAAUGCCGGCUGUGAGUCUCAAUGCUGUAACACAAUUGGGAGUUUCUACUGUAAGUGUCCUGAAGGGUCAACGCUGAAGGACGAUGGAAAGACGUGUGAAGAUGUCGACGAGUGCCAAGUUCACAACGGGGGCUGCCAGCACAGAUGUGUGAACACUCUGGGGUCCUAUUACUGCGAAUGCAAGCCAGGCUUUCGUUUGCACACGGACGGCAGGACCUGUCUCACUGUAAACACCUGUGCUAUCAACAACGGCGGGUGUGAACACGACUGUGUGCAGCUGACUCUUUCGCAGCAUCGCUGUCAGUGCCGGCAAAAUUACCAGCUGAAGGAAGAUGGGAAGCAUUGUGUGGUGCGAAACGCGUGUGCCGACCGGAAUGGAGGCUGCAUGCACCGAUGCCAGAGCCGCCGUGGGGUGGCGCAUUGCGAAUGCCACCCUGGGUACAGACUCGCAGCUGAUCACAAAGCGUGUGAAGAUAUAAAUGAAUGUGCAGCAGGGCUAGCCAUGUGUGCGCAUGGCUGCUUGAACACCCGAGGCUCCUUCAAAUGCACCUGCAAUCCAGGAUACGAGCUGGGAGCGGACGGCAAGCAGUGUUAUCGUAUAGAAAUGGAAAUUGUGAACAGCUGCGAGACGAACAACGGGGGCUGCUCCCACCUCUGCCAUCACACCAGCUCUGGACCCGCCUGUAGCUGCAACUCAGGAUAUCAGCUGGACGAAGACAAGAAAACUUGCAUCGAUACAGACGAGUGUGGCGCCUACGCUCACUGCUGCCACCAGGACUGUUACAAUUACCCAGGGGGCUACGAGUGUGUUUGCAACGCGGGCUUCAGACUCAAUACUGAUGGCUGCAGCUGCGACGAUGUGGACGAGUGCUCUUCAGAUAAUGGCGGAUGCGAGCACCUGUGCCAGAACCUUGCGGGAUCCUUCCACUGCAGCUGUCAGAUUGGCUACAGACUCGAUGAGGACCGGAGGAGCUGUCUUUUACUUGAUGAACCCAUAGAGGCCCUAGAUGGACGGCACCCCAUCUUCCGCCCACUCCCCCACGUGGCUGUCCUGCGGGAUGAGCUCACCCAGCUGUUUGACGAAGACUACAAUGUCGAGGAAGAGGAGGGGGAGGCCGAAGCGAGAGGAGAGCACGCUCUCUCUGAGAAAUUCAUCUGUUUGGACGAUGCCUUCGGCCACGACUGCAGCCUGACAUGUGACGAUUGCCAGAACGGAGGGCUGUGCAACGAGGAUCGUACGGGCUGUGACUGUCCAGAUGGCUGGAGGGGAAUCCUCUGCAACCAAACCUGUCCCGAAGGCAUGUUCGGCAGGAACUGCAGCUCUACCUGCCUUUGCCAAAACGGAGGCACCUGCAAUCCGGUGACUGGGGCCUGCCGCUGUCCGCCUGGAGUCAGCGGAGAGAUGUGUGAAGACGGUUGCCCCAAAGGAUUUUUUGGGAAGCACUGCAGGAAGAAAUGCAACUGUGCCAACAGGGGGCGCUGCCAUCGGAUUUACGGAGCCUGUCUGUGUGAACCAGGCCUUUAUGGGCGAUAUUGUCAUCUAGCUUGCCCAAAGUGGGCCUAUGGCACAGGCUGCUCCAAAGAAUGCCAGUGUGUCCAGCCGAACAGCCAAGAGUGUGACAAGAAAGAUGGAAGUUGCAUGUGCAAACCUGGCUACUACGGCGAAAGGUGCCAAGCAAAAUGUGAGCCAGGAUACUACGGCAUCAGGUGCCGAAGUAAAUGUGACUGCCCUUCUGGAGCGCCCUGUGAUCACGUCAACGGAGAGUGUCAGAAGCAGUGUCCUGAGGGCUUCCACGGGGAGAACUGCAGCCGGGAAUGUCCUGAAGGCAAAUUUGGAAGGAACUGCCUGCUUAGCUGUUCCUGCAGUGGUUCUCCUUGCAGCCGCUUUACCGGUCAAUGCCACUGCGUGGCUGGGAAGAGUGGCGUGGAUUGCAGCCAAGCUUGCCCUGAAGGUCACUGGGGACGAGGCUGCCAGGAGGUCUGCCCAGAGUGCAAGAAUAGCGCCCGCUGUGAUCCAGCCACUGGAGCUUGCUUGUGCGUUCCUGGAUACACAGGCAGCCGCUGUCAAGAUGUGUGUCCUCCUGGCUGGUUUGGGCAAGAUUGCCAAAUGCGCUGCAACUGUGGGAACGAAGGAUACUGCCACCCUGAGACAGGGAAGUGUAGCUGCAUGCCAGGAUGGACCGGCCUCAAUUGCCAAAGAGCCUGCGAUGCUGGCCGCUGGGGUCCCGACUGUGCCAACACUUGCAACUGUAGCAACGGCGAUGGGACCUGCAGCGCUAUGGCAGGACAGUGUCUCUGCGAAGCCGGCUACACUGGGACCCGAUGUGAUCAGAAGUGCCCUGAAGGGUGGUUUGGUCUCAGCUGCUGCCACAGGUGCCAGUGUGACAAUGGGGCUGCCUGUGAUCACGUCAGCGGGGCCUGCACUUGCACCCCUGGGUGGAGAGGGACUUUUUGCGAACGCUCCUGUCCUGAUGGUUUUUAUGGGACGGAGUGCCGGGGGAUUUGCAGGUGCCUAAACGGAGCCCACUGUGACCGCGUGACCGGACGCUGCAUCUGUUCCGCCGGCUGGAUCGGUCCAAACUGCAAUCAAAGUUGUCAGGCUCACCACUAUGGGGAGAACUGCAGCCGGGAAUGUGCCUGCUCCAGUGGGGCCACCUGCGACCACAUCAGUGGGGAGUGCCUCUGUGCACCUGGAUGGACAGGAGAGACCUGCAAGCAAGCGUGUCCAGACGGCUCGUAUGGAGCAAAAUGCCAGCAGCAGUGUCUCUGUCAAAAUGGCGGCACAUGUGAUCCCGCCACCGGGCGCUGCACGUGUCUCGAAGGCUGGAUGGGGUUGGCCUGUGAACUAGAGUGUGCCCAAGGGAAACAUGGAGUCAAUUGCCAGGAGAGCUGUGAUUGUCUGAACGGGGGCUUGUGUGACCGGCAGGCUGGGCGUUGCCUUUGCCGCAGUGGCUGGACUGGAGAGAAAUGCCAAAGCCCUUGCCCCGGGGGUACGUAUGGGGAAGGGUGCGAGAAGCACUGCGACUGUGAGCACGGCGUCUCGUGCCACCACGUCACGGGUGCCUGUGACUGCCCACCGGGGUGGCGAGGACAUCACUGCGAGAAAGCCUGCUUGCCUGGUUCAUUUGGGAAAGACUGUGCCACCGUCUGUGACUGCCCUCCGGGAGAGCCUUGCAACCACAUCACUGGCAAGUGCAGCUGCCCUCCUGGAGUUACGGGUCACGGAUGCGAGCAACCCUGUCUGCCCGGGACGUUUGGGCUCAGCUGCGCUCGGAUUUGCCAGUGCUCUGGAGUGAACCACGACUGCCACCCAGUGACGGGAAAGUGCAUCUGCGCCCCAGGCUACCACGGCAGCAAUUGUCAGCAGAGAUGUCCUUCUGGGCGUUAUGGCCGCAAUUGUGAGAGGGAUUGUCAGUGCAAGAAUGGAGGGCAGUGUGUGACCACCACAGGGACGUGCCAGUGUCCAGCUGGCUACAUCGGUGCUGACUGCAGUACUGCAUGCCCAGCUGGUCGCUAUGGUGCUGACUGUGUGCUAGUGUGCUCCUGUGGCGAUCGUGCCACCUGCCACCAUGUGACAGGCCUCUGUCUUUGCCCACCAGGAAAAACUGGCCCCAGCUGCGAACAUGGUUGCCCAAGGAACCGCUAUGGGGCCGGCUGUAAGCAGACAUGUGCUUGCCAGAACGGGGGGAUAUGCCUUGCGACCAACGGCUCCUGCCUGUGUGGCCUCGGGUGGACGGGGAGAUUUUGUGAGCUGGGAUGUCUGCCAGGGAGAUACGGCGCCCGCUGUCAGCUGAAUUGCGCCUGCAAGAAUAAUGGGACCUGCAAUCCAGCGACAGGAGCCUGUGGCUGUCAGAAAGGGCACUAUGGGGACUUGUGCCAACACACCUGCCCAGCAGGUUUCUACGGAGUCGGCUGUCGGGAGCCGUGCGAAUGUCAGAACGGAGCGACGUGCAACCCAGUGACGGGCAAAUGCGUGUGCCCCCCUGGUUUCCACGGCAACCAGUGCCAGAAAGCCUGCGAUCCAGGGAAGUACGGAGAGGAAUGUCAGCAUCAGUGCAACUGUGAUGGGGAUGCUCCAUGCACACCACAGAGCGGCCUCUGCCUCUGCCCUCCGGGGAAAACUGGUACCAAAUGUGACACGGACUGCCCAUUGAAGAAAUUCGGUCCCGACUGCCAUCUGACCUGCGAGUGUUCCCGGGCCAAUGCUUACUGCAACACCCAGAACGGCCGCUGCGUUUGCCUCCAUGGAUAUAUGGGGGCAAUGUGUCGGGAAGGCGAUCUACCUCAGCUCUUGACCCACGCAAGACAACUGCAGGAGCAAGUCGUACAUCCUCAGACAUCUCACCAGGGUUCCACCAGGCUGGCUGCCCCCUCUGCGAAGCACUAGUUCCUGGACUCCUCCUCUCCAACGCAGACUUGGAUGCAGCCCGCAAGGAUUAGCUACCACCCCACCUAUGGAACUGCCCCCCACCCAGCAGUUGCGUCUUUGCCCCAGCUCAUAGAUCUGAAUCCUCGGGCAGGCUACCGAUUCAAGGUUUUGCUGUGAAGAGUUGUCCUGCACAGACUGAGCGUAAGCAACUCAAAACAAGCACACACUGACCUCAAACGGACGUGGCAGGGAGGAGACCCCAGGCUCAUCCGCUCACAGAAACCAGCGGCGAUGCGUUAAGCACUGCCAGUUUGCCACCAGGCUUCGGGAUUGAAAGGAGCACAGCUUGUCAUUAUGAGUUAGCCACGUUUGGCUGGAAUUAUUAAUAGCAGAAUUCUGAAUUUAUGCAAAGGCAUUUACGGGCCGCUGUAUCGAAGUUGCAUCCUCAUGCUCACAGGGUUUGUACCGGACUGGAAGGCAUAGGUGAGAAAGUGCGUGUGUAUGUUUGAAGCACAAUACACAUCCUUGUCUCCCCGCAACCCCUGUUAGUUGGCAGAGAGUUGAAGGGGGCACACUGCGUGCUUUGGAAAAAAAGGGAUAGCCCUUUUUCGUGCACAGAAGCCCAGGGCUAAGACUUCGCACACAACUGGACCCAAAAUAGGCUGUUUUGCCGCUUUCCCACAAUCUGGACUAGGGCAUUUGUAGAAGAAACUGAUCCUGGCGGUUUGCAUACAGGUAACAAGCAAAAAAUGCAUUUGUUAAGCUCCUGCUCUUUGCCAACCCGAAUCUGCAGACAUGCUGCAGCCAGUCUGAGAUUAAUUUAUUUAAAAAGUCAGUUGGGCUGCUUUUGGAAAGGAACCACAAAGCUCACGGUUGAAUGCCUAAACGCAUCAGAUGUAGGGAAAGUUAUUCACCUGCCUGGCUUUGCAUAAGUUAAAUUGAGCCAAGGUUGCUGGUCCGUGGUGAUGAGCGGUCCAGCCAGCCUUCUGAUCUGGUGCCAUCCAACUGUUUUGGACUAUAACAACUCCUAUCAGCCAGCUUGCCCCUUACCCUUAUCAGACUGCAAGAGGCAGGGCUUGUGAAAAGCCUAUCAGACAACCUGAUGUUAUAGGGGAACAUCUAAUUCUUUCUGUAAUAUCCACUCUCCCAGCAUGGUUAUUGGAGAUGACCGUGCAAGCUGUGCCAAGCGACAUCUAAAAGCUGUCUUAUGCAUGAGUUGAAAAAGCAAAACAGGGCUCAGUACCUUUCUUCCUUGUGUGUGUGUGUGUGUGUGUAUCUUUUCUCCUGAUGUUCUCACAAACGGGCAUGAGGGAAAGAAACUUGAUUUCUCAAACAGAAACCCAGAACUCUCCUGCUUCUGAAACAUGCUGCUUGGUGAAUCUUAGGUGUCCCAUGAACUAUCUGUUGUCCCUCCUCACAUGUUACAUCGCACUGGCAAGGCAAAUGGAGUUUGUGUGUAUUUUCUGCUCAAAAGUAAUUUGUGAGCCAAGAUGGGAUAAAAGGAAAAAGGGGUUUUACUAACCUUCAUGUCAUCAGGAUACUGGAGCACUCUUGCUUUUCAAAGUAGCGAUGGUGCUGAAAUUGGUUAAUUAAUUGGAGAGCAACAGGCGACAAAUUCAGAUGGUCCACACCUUCACCAAAGUUUAGACCCCCCCCCAUGGAAAGCGGAUCACUCCCCCCUCCUUCUAGACAACACUACCUUUUCCCUAAGAGGAGUUCUUGUGAAAGGCAAUGGGAAGCCUCAACUCACGUUCAGCAUCCAUUGCCAGCAGACACACUGGAAAAACCCCCACAGAGCUUCUGCCUUGAAAUCAUUUGGAACUAGGCGAGAUGGGAAACACUGACUUCCCCAGCGCCCUUUUCCAAGGGUACAUUUUGGAAAAGAAAAACCUGGGGGAAAAUAUUGUUUCUAAGCCUAAGAACUAGAACCUGGUUUUAGAAAUUGAAACAGACAAUCUGGACCGGCUAAAAUGCCCCAGAAAAAUAGAGUUAAAGUUACUGAACAUGACUAACAUUGGCUGAUUAAUUUCAGUGGGUUUAUCUUCAGUAGGACUUGGAGACCAUCUGUACAACUGUUGAGGCUCUUCCUCCAGCUAAAAUUUAAUUCUAGAAAUCACACUAGGGCAUAGUUUGGAGCUUUAAGUUCAAUGAAAGUUGCACCCAAGUUGUUACUGGUAGAUUAAAGCCCAUUUUCCACAAACCUAUAGCCUAUUUUCAAAAGCAGAACCUGUUGCUAUCAGCUCUCUACACCGGCUAUGGAGGUUGGAUCCAAUUCAGUUUUACUCCAGGUAGACCCAGUGAAAUUAAUGGGCCUAACUUAGCCAUGUCUAUUAAAUUAAAUGAGCCUACUUUGAGUUGGACUGAUGCUGCGUGCAACCUGUGACCUCUUACUCCUGCCCCUAGUAUACUGAUCAAUGACUUUUUCACAGCUGUCAUAGUGCAGAAUGUCUUGCCUUAGUCAUAAGACCAACAGAAAAGUAUAAUGUUAUUGGUUUGUAUAUAAAAAAAGAUAUUUAUAUAUACUUUAUGCUACCCUGUACUUCAUGGAGUUGAUAGAUAUUUGCCGCACAGUUAAUGGCAGUUUUACGUCCAAAACAAGAAACAUUAAAAACUGAAUUGGGCUUUUAAAAUAAUAAAAGUUGCUCAGUUGCACUCCCAAACGUCCACUCUGCCUCCCAUUA